GGCCAUGCCCUGCUCAUCGACUGCAGGUACUUUAAACAGGGAGGGCCAUGCCCUGCUCAUCGACUGCAGAUCCCUGGAGGCCACCCCUGUCCCUCUGGCAGACCCAGGCCUGAUCAUUCUCAUCACCAACUCCAACGUGAAGCACUCUCUGAGCGGCAGUGAGUACCCCCUGAGGCGCCGGCGCUGUGAGGAGGCAGCCUCCGCCAUGGGGAAGAGCAGUCUCAGAGACGCCACCAUGAAGGACCUGGAGGAGGCCGGCGACAGAAUGGAUGAGGUCACCGUCCGCAGAGCGCGUCAUGUGAUUGAGGAGAUAGAGAGGACGGUCCAGGCUGCUGAGGCUCUGAGGAGAGGAGAAUACAAAGAGUUCGGCAGGCUGAUGGUGGAGAGCCACAACUCACUGAGAGACCUAUAUGAGGUAAGCUGCAGGGAGCUGGAUGAGCUGGUGUCUGUCGCCCUGGAGGUGGAGGGGGUGUACGGCAGCCGGAUGACGGGUGGAGGGUUUGGAGGAUGCACCGUGACCCUGCUGCAGGCCUGCACCAUCGACAGGACUAUACUGCACAUACAGGUCCACACACACUUUGCCUCAUACUGUGCACUGAAGAGAUCGUACAGCUCUGAAAAACAUCAAGAGACAACUUCAAAUUGUUCUCAAAUCUCAAUCACUACAUGUACAGCAGCCAUUCCAUUCCAGUGUCUGUUGAAUUCCAAUACAGAGAAAUGUUGUCAGUAGUUAAUAGAAUAAAAU